AUGGCGGACCAAACGAAAGACCCCGAGCCACAGCUGGAUUGUGAUGUUCUCAUCGUAGGCGCCGGGCCUGUUGGGCUAACACUUGCUCUAUUGCUUAGUGAAUACCGCGACUACAAAAUUAUUGUUUUAGAACGACAUCCUGCCCUGUUUCCUCUUCCACGUGCUGUGAGCCUUAGCCACGAUAAUCUAAGAGUUUACGAUGGGCUCGGCCUACAUGACGCGGCAUUCAAGAGUGCCAUCACAGAUAUUCGCGAUAGCGUAUCCAACAUCUGUGAAUUUAUCGGCGCCUCUGGCCAGACGCUAGCUCGUAUUCCAUACAAUUGGGAUUCAAAAUCCGGUACCAGCUCAACCUUUGCUCUACAUCAACCGUCUCUAGAAGAAGUCUUGGGAACUGCAUGUGCGGAGAAGGAAAAUAUUUGUGUGAUUCGUGCGACACAGGUUGAGCAUGUUAGGGAUUUGCAAACGCACGUGGAGAUCUGGACCGACGCCGAGAAAAAGAAGUGGACAGCACGAUUUGUCGUCGGCUGCGACGGAGCCAAUAGCAUUGUUCGUGAAUCAGCCGGAAUUGACCUCGUUGAUUGCCCAGGUAAUAAAUCACGUUGGUUGGUUGUCGAUGUUGCACCUGUCUCGGAAGAAAUCGCCCGCAAUUGGAAGGACUACAGUGGCCCACGGCAAUACCUUGACCCCCAACGACCUCGAUCUGCUGUAUUCCGUGUGCGGGAACGAAGAAGAUGGGAAUUUUUGAUCCUUCCCGGAGAGUCUCCUGAAAAAGCUGUUGAUCCAGGGUUCAUCUGGCCACUCUUGAAGGAUUCUGGCCUGGGCCCGGAAAAUGCAGUUCUUGAUAGGGCGGCAAUGUACGUAUUGAAAGGCGCCUGGGCGGAGACGUUUAACAAAGGACGCAUAUUUCUCGCUGGUGAUGCUGCUCACGUCACCCCUCCAUUUACGGGCCAGGGCUUGAACUCUGGAGUCCGCGAUGCCGCUUCUCUUUCGUGGAGACUGGAUCUUGCUCUUCGAUACCCAGAUAGGACUUCGGAGCAGAUUUUCGAUGACUGGACCGCCGAACAAUUAGGGAGAGUAAGGAAGCUGAUAUCCACUUCGGUCUCCAUAGAGAGCAUGGUUACAAUGACGGAUUCUGUUCAGGCGGCAGCGCGAGAUGAGAACUUUUUGGAACUUCUAAGAUCUCCGGUGCCGAAUCCAGAGCAUCUGGGAACUCCUGGUUUGUUCGAUAACUCCGCUGAGCAGGAAUCCGUUGCCGGAAAGUUAUUCAUGGACGGAGUGGUGGAGAUCAAAUGCAAGCAGGGACGGUUGUGUGACCAUUUUGGAAGCAAACGAUGGCUCCUGCUUAAACAGUAUGGAAAUGUCGAUGGCCAGGAAACUUUAGGUGCAAAAACGAACAAUCUUUUUUCAGAUGUCCUGAGGGGGAAAAUAAUAAAAUUCGGUGAAGGAGACCAGUACGCUAGAGAUAUGACCGGAAACAUCCUGAAGUGGUUGCAGGAGCACCGCGCAGUGGCAGUUUUGGUUAGACCGGAUAACUACGUCUAUGGCAUAGCGAGGAGUGUAGAUGAGAUCGAUAGCCUUGUUCUGAGAGCGAUAUUACAUGUUGGCAUCGUGUUAGACGAAUAG